GCAAAAUAUUGAAUCGAUCUAGCAGUGGAGGGUGAAUGGUGGAGCUUAGUCCGACUACCGUGUAUUCUAUGGUUGGGUCACGGUGCCGAGGAUCAUCCCCCUGAUAUAUACACGCAGACAGAGAGCCACACUCGAUACGUGGAUCUUGCGCAGAAUAUGGGGAAGGCACGAGGCGAACUUGGCGACGAACGCGUGACAGCACGAGGAAAUUCUCCAACGAAUCGACGUCGUUUCCAGAUUACGCUCUGAACCGUUGGAUUUCUGGUUGUCGUGCGACACCUCAUUUUUAUUUCACGCGAUCGCGAUUCGCAUCGCCGUGAUUGGCAAGAACGUUUAACAUUCCCGGCUAUACACCACGUCCCCUCUGAUCGAAUCGAGUCGUUCGAAAUUCCAAGAAGAUGGACAGUCAUGGAUGAACGUUACCAUGACGACGCACAAGUGUCACAGGUGUGAUCAAUGAAAUUCUCGGCGAGGGAUUUCGAUGAUACGCCUUCUAGGCUGGGGCGGUCGUGGUGAUCGGUGAGAAGAGGAGAGAAUAGAAGAGCACACGCAGCGGCUGGUUUCUCGCGUGCACGAGGGAUCGAGAAAUGUUAUCGCGCGGAGCAUAAGAGGAAGGAAACAGCCACGAGAAUGCGAGACAAAAUCCAAGAGCCAACGCGUUUCAAGAUCUCGUGAUCGACACCGAGCACGUUUCCAGGAUUCACGAAGCGAGGAAUCUGAAAUGGGGACGAACGCGAACGACCAGUCUCUGGUGCGGUCCAUCGCGAGAAACUUGUCGUUGGACCAAACGCAACGACCGACCGAUCUGUUUUCCGCAAACGCGACCAAGGACAUCGUUGCCGUCCACGAGGAGACCGUUUUGAACGAUGUUUUCGCCACGAGUGAGAAAGACGCGUCGACCAGUAGUGGUAUCGAGUUAGGUUGGUUCAAUGAUUCGACAACGAUAGGCUCGUCCACUCCUUCCGGCUCUUUGUUCGGUGUGUCUUCGUCGUUCUUUUCGUCGGUGUCACCGUCGUCGGCCAGCUCCGACAAUUACACCGGCAUAUCCGACCUGUUCGUCUUCGAAGACUUGAACGAUUACAUCAAUCGAUUGAAUUACAGCGCUUUCGUUAAUUUGACGGCCUACUACGAUGGAGGGGCUAACCUGAAUCUGAACGGAAGCGUGAACUGCACGUCCUCGAUAGUUGCGGGCACCGCGGCUGGUGUCGUUAGAGGCGGCGAGUGUGGUCCGACAGCAGACGUUGACGAAAAGACGAACGCCAACAGCUGGUGGGCUCUGAUCCUGGUGAUCGUGCCUUGUUUGACGCUAUUCGGCAACGUAUUGGUUAUUCUUGCCGUAGUUCGAGAGAGGGCUUUACAGACGGUCACGAAUUACUUCAUCGUCAGCUUAGCUGUCGCCGACCUGCUCGUUGCCGUACUCGUCAUGCCCUUUGCCGUCUACGUUUUGGUAAACGGAUCGUGGAGUCUGCCUGGCUUUGUCUGCGACUUUUACAUCGCAAUGGACGUCACGUGCAGCACCAGUUCCAUCUUCAAUCUCGUAGCAAUCUCGAUAGACAGAUACAUAGCAGUGACCCAGCCGAUAAAGUACGCCAAGCACAAGAACAAUAGAAGAGUGUGGUUGACGAUACUGUUGGUCUGGGCGAUAUCUGCCGCGAUCGGCAGCCCGAUUGUUCUCGGCUUGAAUAACACCCCCGACCGAAUACCGGACCAAUGCCUCUUCUACAAUGCAGACUUUAUCAUCUACUCGAGUCUAUCCAGCUUCUAUAUACCUUGCAUCAUCAUGGUGUUUCUCUACUAUAAUAUAUUCAAGGCACUGCGAAACAGGGCGAGGAAAGCGAGGGCCAAUAGAAAGCCUAACUUGGGCGACAUAAAACCGGGCAGCAUAAUCGAGAACAUCGCGCAUACGCGCAGUGGGUAUUCUGUGGCAAGGUUUGCGGAGACGGCGCUGGGAGCAGCGGCUCUCGUGGCUCCUGGCAUGGAAGAACCGACGAACACCGCGUCUGGAAGCAACGAAGACGAGGACGAGACACCCCUUGAUCCUGUCGUGGUCAUCUCCAACGAUAAGAGCACCGAGUUUUUUUUGGCCACUGUCGUCGAGGAAGCAGCUUGUCGUUUCAGCGCAGUGGCUCAAGCUCAGCUGGGUGGAACGCAGAACGCCAGAAAGGAUUCUGGGUAUGACGGUGCUGCGAGCAGCACGGUGAUUCACGAACCGCUAGAAACGAAUUCCAGUCCCAGCCCGAAUCCACGAAUCACCUCGGCUCCGUCGUCGUCCACUUCUUCGUCGCCACCACCGAAGGGUGCAACGACGAGCCAAGGCUCGCAACCGAAGAAGAACGGCGGUGAAACGAACAAGCAGGAAUUAAAGAGGCUCAAGAGCGCCGGUUCCCUCCUUCCGCUUCAACUUGGACGGACGCCAAGCGUCUUGUCUGGUUCGUCCACGUGUAAGAAGGACAAGAAAAAUGCCGUUUCAGGAUCCCGAUUCACGAUAUACAAAGCCAAUAAGGCGAGCAAGAAGAAACGGGAAAAAAGUUCGGCGAAGAAAGAGCGUAAAGCCACGAAAACGUUGGCGAUAGUAUUGGGUGUCUUUCUCAUCUGUUGGCUGCCGUUCUUUACCUGCAACAUCAUGGACGCGAUAUGCACGAAGCUGACAGCGACCUGUCAGCCGGGUGUCACAGCUUUCAUCGUGACAUCUUGGCUAGGCUACAUGAACAGCUUCGUGAAUCCCGUGAUUUACACUGUGUUCAAUCCCGAGUUUCGCAAAGCCUUCCACAAACUGGUCAGCUUCUAGACGAAUCGCUUCAUUUAAACUCGCGUUUAUCUUGAAAGGAGGAACAACGAGACAUUGGACAAUCGAACAGCUCAACAUUUGUUCCGGCUAAAGAAAUGCGGAUCAUCGUUAAUACACUCGACUAUCAUCCAUCCGCC